UUUUUUUUGCAUUUUGCCUUUUCUUGUUCUUUACCAUACCAUGGGCAGAUGGAUGGAUGGAUGGAUGGAUGUACUCGAAUAAACCGAGGGGAGGGUUGGUUGCAUACAAAAGACAUGGCGGUACAUGUCUGGACUGGUGUUGAUGUUGAGUUUUUUAUUUGUUUGCUGGCUGCUUACAAGCUUGGUGGUUAUUUUCUUUUCUUCUUUCACCUUUUUGUUUUCUUUCUGAUUGAUGUCGUGUCUCACUAUGAGUUCAGUUCGUUGGCUGGACAUGGUGUGUCACUAUACUACUACUAACUAGCCUUUAGCUAUAGCAUAGGCUGUAGGCAUAGAAAUGGAACCUCCUACUACUACAUACACCCACACAUCAUUCAAUUUAAUUCCACCCUUGCAGCAAGAAAAAAAAAAAAAAAGAAACCACAUAAAACCUUUCAAUUCUUCAAUCUACAC